UUCGUGCAUUUUAAUUAUUAUCAAAUGCACUUUGAACGGGCUGUGAUAGUAAUAAAAGAUUAAUACAAGUUUUUAUUUUAUUUGUUUUGUUAUUUAGAAUUUAGUGUAGACGACAUAUGUUUCGGGAUUCGUGAGGAGUCGGUAAAGGAUUGUUGAUAUCUGCAAUAAUGGGUUGCUGCAAACGAUUGUUUUGUUUUACACUGUCCAGUGCAAUUUUUUUUGCACUUUUAGCAUUUUUACCAGGAAUUCCACCGAUAGCCGAAUUCUCUGAAUUCAGUGUACCAGCUAUUCAAAAACUAGAAGGUCCCCUAGAAUUAAACAACUUACUAGACAAUGCCGAGAAAUUAUAUUUAAACAAAAUAGUAGGACCCGAACAUUUACUAGUACACAAAAACGAACUAUACACAACUCUCCACGGACAAAUUGCCAAACUUGUGGACGGCAAUGUCGUACAUGUUGCACAAAUUGGAAAACCAUGCGAAGGUGAAUACCAGGACAAAAUCUGCGGCCGUCCAUUAGGCAUGCAGUAUAAACGACAAGAACUGAUUGUAUCAGACGCCUAUUUGGGUAUCUGGAAAGUCGAUGUAGAACUUGGUAAAAAGACUCAAUUGGUGUCCAAGGAUGAAGUCAUCAAUGGACGUAAACCAAGGAUUUUCAACAGUGUCGCCGUUGCUAAAAAUGGUGACAUAUAUUGGACUGAUUCCAGCAGCGAUGUGAGCUUGGAAGAUGGACUUUAUACUGUUUUGAUGAACCCAUCAGGAAGAUUAUUCCAUUACUCGCAAGCGACCAAGAAAAAUAAGGUGCUCUUGGAUGGAAUUUGGUUUGCAAACGGUUUGGUUUUGAGUCCUGAUGAAGACUUUUUGGUGAUUUCUGAAACUGCAGCUUCCAGGCUUAUCAAACAUCAUUUGAAGGGCCCGAAGAGUGGCAGGACCGAACUCUUCUUGGCUGGACUACCAGGUUUGCCCGACAACCUGACGCCCUUGAAAGACAACGAAGGCAUUCUAGUGCCAUUGGUGCAAUCGUGCGAUGACGACCAUCCUGCUAUUUUCCAUUCGAUGGCACCUUUUCCAUUGUUACGUAAAGUUCUUGUACGGUUAUUGCAUUCUGUUGACUUGAUACUGGAGAAGGCUAACGAAAUUUACCCUAACGAGUAUCUUCAGAAGGCCAAAUAUUAUUGGGGUAACUUUGAAAUGUUGACGUCAGUAAUUUCCCCAAAACGUUUGACGAUUUUGCACGUCGAUUACAACGGCAAAAUUUUGGGAUCGAUGCAUUCGAUGACAGGAGACGUCAAAGGCAUCUCGCAUGCCUUACCUCAUUCCGAUGGAUAUCUUUAUUUGGGGUCACCAUUUAAUAACUAUUUGGCACGUGUACCUAUGCCCAAAUCGUCCAAGAUCAGGGUAUCUAAGGUUACUUAUGAGGGCGAAGGGUUGGACGUUGCUGGGGAAAAGGUAAAGGAGACUCCUAAGGUAAAGGAAGUACCUAAGGUAAAGGAGGUGCCUAAGGUAAAGGAAGUACCGAAACAAAAAGAGGUGCCUAAACAAAAGGAGGUCGUGAAAGAAGUGCCAAAGCAGAAGGAAGUUCCUAAACAACAAGAAGUGCCAAAGCCUAAAGAAGCACCAAAGCCUACACCCAAACCAACUGAAGCACCAAAGCCCACCAAGGACUUCCCUAAAGAACCUCCAAAGGACGCCCAGAAGCCCAAAGAACCUGCCAAACCUAAACCAGAACCUCCAAAGCCGACAAAGGCACCAGAAACCACCAAACCGACAACGACUACUCCUAAACCAGCACCAAAAGAAACCAAGCCUAAGGAGGUCCCCAAACAAAAAGAGGCACCAAAACCAAAACCAGGACAAAAAAUUAAGGAACCUGCACCAAUUGUGGAGGAAGUUAAGGACACUCAGCCGCCGCAGCAGGAAAAAUUGAAAGUCAUCAAAAAGGGUGGACAAAUGGGCGAAUUGUAAAAGAAGUGGAUGGUUUCUUUGAAAAUCUCAGGAAAGCAA